AUGGGACAAGACUCUAGUGUGGGCCAUGAUCCCGGCAAUUCGCCGUCUCCUACCCCGCAGCAUAGACGCGGCUAUCAGGCUUGCGAUCCAUGUCGCAAGCGCAAGGUCAAGUGCGACCUAGGCAGUGUCGAUAACCCUAGACCCCCACCUUGUGUACGAUGCCGGCGCGAAAGCAAACGAUGCGAGUUUUCGAUCACUCGUCGCAAGCGCAAACUCUCCGAAGCGCCGGAAGAAGAGGUUGAGGAGGAGGCCGAUGUUCUUCGCCGCGACAAACGGAUGAUGAUCGGUGAGAUCGCGGCGAAGAAGGAAGCACCAGCAGAUGGAUCCCCAUUUCUCCCGUCGGAACCAUCUUUUGAUAAUGAUGCCUUUCGAGCUCGACAGCGCUGGCCUGAAGCGCCCCCUCCCGUUGCGGCUGCCGCUGCCGCCCAACGGUACACUCCAAGUGCCCCCAUAGCCGCACCAGCGAGACACUUUUUGGAAUCCAGAGCCCCGCGCAUUCCCCCAUAUUCAACCGCUGAAAGAAACUCGGCACCAGGGUAUGGAGGGCCGCCUAUGUUGAAUCGUACCGCAGUGGAAUUGUUGUCGCCCGCAAUCACCAACACGCACGAUGCUUUACAUUUGCUAUCCGAGGCGGCGGGGAGAACAGAGGACCUGAAUAGGUUUGCGGCAAGACAAUCCGUGUCCUCUUUCAACUCAGGCCCUUCCCCUCUGGCACAUGUCAAUUCACCGGGAAAUUUGAGUGGAUCAUUUUCACGUACUCCUCGAUCGGGAAUGUCAAUGGGUGGAAAUGGCACAUACCCACCGGGUGGAGCGGGUGUUGUAGAUCCUCAAAUAUCUGACGACGCCGGUCCCUCUGAUGGCUCAAAUAACACUCAAGAUCCGGGGUACAUCGAUGCCGUUCGCGCGUGGUCGCGGCUGCGGUUCGUCCGUGCUGGGUGGAUGACGGUUGAAGAAGGAAUGGAUUACGUUGCAUACUACUACGAAAAUUUAGCACCGAUGAGUCCAGUAGUGACUCCAGACUACUCGGAGCCCUCAAAACAUCGUAUUCUACUUACCGAGGAACCGGUACUGGCAGUGACCAUCUUGACAAUCGCCUCGCGGCAUCUGAAACCCAAGGGCGAUGGUGCUAGUACUCGGGCAUUUUACAUCCACGAUCGCCUCUGGUCUUACCUGCGCGGUAUGAUUGAACGCCUGUUCUGGGGGCAAGAAAAAUUUGACGCCGGAGGACCUGGAAUUAGCGGACCGCGAUCUCUAGAUCUCGCACCAACCUCCAGCAGGCCCAAUUUGAAAGGAAAUCUAAGAGCUCUAGGGACCGUGGAGGCUUUACUAAUCCUUACGGAUUGGCACCCACGAAAUCUCCACUUUCCCCCAGGCGACGAUGAAAACACCCUUUUGGACACUGACGCUCAGAGCCAAAACUUCGGUGAUAAGGAUUUGGACCAUGGUGAACACGCAAAAGGAGCGCACACAUCACCUGAAGGUAGACUGGCAUUCCAAAAAUGGUUGGAACCUGCCUGGCGAUCGGAUCGGAUGUCUUGGAUGCUUUUGAGUACAGCUCAAGCACUUGCCUUUGAGCUUGGCGUUUUUGAUCAUAAAACCGAGCCAAAGGGCACACCUGAGUCACCUGCUGAACAGACACGGAAACGCCGAUUGCGGCGCUUGAUUCUAGUCUUUAUCACACACAGCAGUGGCAGAUUGGGUAUCCCGUCGAUGCUUCCUUUGUCUGAAUGGGGCCAAGAUGUCGAAGGAAAUAACAUUGACUCCAAGGAUGGUGAUCCAGAUCUUGAUCGGAUGCAGGACUGCUGGAUGGGUAUUUCUAAGAUUGUCUACCAGGCCAAUCACCAGCUUUUUGCGUCAAGUGAACAGACUUCGGAGUUGAUCAAGAGCGGGAGAUAUCGCGAGCAAAUAGACUGGUUUCAACCUCAGCUACGAGAAUUCCGGCAACACCUCGAUCGUGUGAAUCUUUCCUCUGCGAUGCGAAGCAUUCUCUUGAUUGAGUACGAGUAUACCCGCCUCUAUGUCAAUUCGCUUGCCCUACAGGCUGUAGUAGACCGAUGGACAACCAUGUCCAAUGAGUCUGCUCAAGCCCAGCCUGGGCGACCAGGUUCGGGUCCAUCUCCUGGUAGCAGCGGAUGGUUUCGUACGUUGAUGGAGCUCUAUCGAGUCAAUGAGCAAUACAUCCAGGAAGUUGUGGAUGCCUCUCGUAAAAUCCUGCAAACGGUUCUGGAAGGCCUCGUCCCGGGAGGCCGUCUCAAGCAUGCACCAAUUCGUACAUUUUUCCGAAUUCUGUCUGGCAUGAUCUUCAUUCUGAAAACAUUUACCCUAGGUGCUCGUGAAGACGAUGUGCGAGUCUCGUUGGAUCUCCAAGACCGCACAGUUGAGGCUCUUCGCACGUUUGUGGUGGAUGAUGUGCACAUCAGUAAUACUGUUGCUCGUCUGCUUGAGUUACUGACUAGCAGUAUUCGAACCCGCUUCUUACGUUUUGCUCCGCAUGAUCGUGGUGUGGAAGGUGAAGGACAGGACCGCGGUUCCGCUCCAGUGUCACGAGCUCAGUCACCACCUCGGGAAGGUGUUUCAUCAAAUCGUCGUGAAGGGGGUCAAACCCCUUGGUCGUCUACCCAAGAUGCAACUCCAAACGGAGGCGGAUUGGGAUUUGUGGAGAACACUAGCACCGGUGGGCACUUGGUUGGAUCAGCCCACGAUUCACUUGCCAAUAUUCCUGCGCAGCCAAUCAACUCUUCUAACCUUGGGGUAUCGUUCAUGCCACCGCCACCGUCUGUCUACUACAACUAUUAUGACUCGAAUUCGGCCAUGCCUUCCAACGACCUCGGGAGGUCUUCUCCGAACCAUGUCGUUUCCUCGCAGCCUCUCGACAGCAACGGAGCAAACACGGCGCUCCCAGAUUGGUUUGCUCUUCCGUUAGAUCAAUUCUUCAACAGCUCCACCGGGGUAGUGGACCAGGGCCUAGGUGGAACCGGACCGAUGCUUGGCGAGUUUGACAUGUUAGAGGUGUUGCUUAAUGAGGGGUAUGACAAUACUGCUCACGACGGCGACUCCGGCGGACCCCUCGGCUCACAGUUCAUGUCUUGA